CAAGGGUAUCAAGUACUAACGAUAUUCGUUUGCUAGCUAGUUCUAUGCAUGUGAACUUCAAGAACCAUAACAUCAAUCAACAAGGUUUCAUCUUUCAAUCUCUCUUUCAGAAUAUUCUCUCUCAGCUGAAUUAUCAUAUUUCGCGGCCGAAAUUUAACAAGCAUCGUCUUAUAAAGAGGACGAUACCGAUGGAGGCACUCUAUCCAUGUUUGAAGAAACUGUGGAAUGAAUGGCAGCUGCAAGCAUUGGUUUUGCUUAGCCUCUUACUCCAAGUGAUACUCAUCCUUCUCGGCAAUCGUAGGAAGUAUGUUAACAAAAUUUGGAUCAAGAUUAUUGUGUGGCCUGCUUACUUACUCGCAGAUUUAAUAGCAACAACUGCACUUGGUAUCCUCACAAAUCGAUUUUCUUAUCAUUCUGGGCCUUUGGAUGCACAACUCGAGCUAACAGCAUUUUGGGCACCUUUUCUCUUACUGCACUUGGGUGGGCCUGACACAAUCACUGCGUAUUCUUUGGAGGACAACGAAUUAUGGUCAAGGAACUUGCUUCAACUGGUCGGCCAGACAGGAUUUGCAUUUUACAUCCUUUCCGCAGGGUGGACAGGGUCCCGCGUUUCAUUUCUAACAAUUCCAAUAAUGGUGGCAGGGCUGAUUAAGUAUGGAGAAAGAGCAUGGGUCCUGUGGUCUGCAAGCUAUGAGCAGCGUAGUAAAGCAUCAACAUCCCCUCAUCAUAAUAUCUUGCAGCCUAUUUCUGAUGUUCAAGAUUAUUCUAAUAUUUCUGAUGAUAAAUUACUUCAAGUCUCCUAUAGGAUGUUCGAGAUGGCUAAGAGCCUCUUAGCAGGUGUUUCAACAACUGCAAUAGAACCGUCCAUAUUGGCUAAACAUCAAGAAGUGACCUCAAAUCUUUUGGAGAAAAUAUCUCCUAAAGAUGCUUUUAAGGUAAUUGAAAUUCAGCUUGGAUUUAUGUAUGACCUUCUGUAUACGAAGGCACUAGUGUCCUACACCCCCUGUGGAAUUGUCUUGCGGCUCACCAGUUUUCUUCUCACCAGCGUUGUGCUGGUGUUAUUUUCUUUGGGCCCCCACAACGUACAUAAGUACUCAAAGGUCGAUCUUUGCAUUACUUUUUCUUUGCUUGUUGUGGCAAUUGUUUUGGAGCUUUAUGCGGCACUUGCAUUCCUAUUCUCAGACCGUACUCUUGUCUGGAUGAGAAAACAUAAUUUCCCUAGCCUCUCACGAUACAUUACUUCUCUCCUAAUACAUAGAAAUCAUAGAUGGUCAAAUUACAUGGGUCAAUUCAAUUUGCUAAGCUACUUCUUCAACGAAAAACCCAUGGGUUUUCGUGGAAUCUUAGAGCUCUUGAAAAUCAACCAAAAGCUAGAAAAACAACGAUAUGCUACUUAUCCUCAAGUCCCAGAGGAUUUGAAGGAAUGGUUAGUCAUGCAUUCCAAGAAAUUUUGGUCUAUAAUUAAAGAAAGCCAGGGCACAGAAAGUAUGAUGGCACUUUCGUGGAGAGGAUCUGUGUCGUUGCGUUCUAUGUUGCCCAAGGACACCGUUUAUAUAUUAAGUACUGGAAUAGAGUUACAGCAGACAAUCAUAGUUUGGCACAUUGCUACAGAACUAUGCUAUCACCUAGAUCAUGAUUAUUUCACCCAAAAAGAAACCAGACCAUCUGGUAGUGCAGAAACUGUUGUAUUGAACUGGAAAAUGAGCAAGCGCAUCUCCAGAUAUAUGAUGUAUCUCCUCGCCAUUUCACCUGAAACGUUGCCAGCAAGUGGGGCAAUUGGUCAGAUCAACUUUGAAGGCACUUGUGAUGAGGGCAGGAAAGAAAUUGCAUCAUUUGAAUCAAAGUUAGAUGAUCAAGUCUGCACCCAGAGAGAAAGAAAACAUAAGAUUAAAAUCGAGGCUUCCAAAUGGUUGUUCGAGCGGCACAAGGAUUCAAUUACCGGUGAAAAUCAAAUAGAGCAACAACUGAGUGGAUCCCUUUUAUCCUUGGGGUGCGUGCUUGCUAAUCACCUGACAAACUGCUUGCAGACUAAGACUGAAAAAGAGCGCAUGGAGAAAAAAUGGGACGCAAUUGGCAGUUGCUGGUUUGAAUUUCUAUACCAUGCCGGAAGACAAAGCAGCGGAAAUCAGCACGCACAACAACUCAGACAAGGUGGAGAGUUUCUCACUCAUAUAUGGCUUCUCUAUGAGGAGUUGACGCUUCUCGAUAGAUUGUCAACAGCAGAGGCGGACAGAAAUGAGGGAGAAUAAAAAGCUCUGCUGAGAAAGUUUGGUCUUCUCAAGCAUUACUCUCCAGCGAGCUGGUGCAUGUAUAAUCAUGUGGCCUCAAUGCGGCAAACAAAAACAUUGACCAUUUGUCACGUGCCAACAGAGUCAUAAAAAUAACAACCGAACAUUUCAACAAUUUGAUUUUUACUGUGAAGCAGCUGCCCAAAAAUGGAUACUGCCUAUCAUGUUUGUUUUUAGAAUAAGUUUAAUUAUUUGAAUUUGUUGUGAUAUGGGUUAAAUUAAUUUUUUAACAUAAAAAAAUUGUUUAAAUAUUAUUAA